GGUCUCCAGCUGCUAUCCUCUGGUACUCAAUGUAAUCCAGAUAUUGUUGAACUCCAGAUCCAGGUAGGUGGGUAACAGAACCGAACCCUAAAGAAAUAGACAAAUAAAAUGAAGAGUGUUAACAUCCUUUUUGUAUUGCAAAAUGAAAGCAGCUAUUGGGCUAGUCCAAGCGACAAAUAUGAAUCUCAGAACAUUUUCUCUGAAAGCACUUUCUUCUGCAGCUUUCCCCUUCAUUAGUCUUCAGAGGUUGCUUUAUGAAAUGAAAUCAGCCUGGUGUUGUGUCCCAGAUGUCUCCUCUGAUUUUCUUGAGCCAUUCCAUAAAGAUUUAUAGAAAGCAACUUAUGUUUUAACCUACUGAGAAAAAUGGUACAAUAGUGAAACCCAGAAGAUUGGAUAGGGGGGAAAGUACAAGGAAAAGUACAGCACAAACCCAAUCUACUGCUGGAAUCAGCUUGCAAGUUUGCUGAGUAAACCAUAUUAUGUCUGGAGGUUGAUAGGCCCCAAACUCCAGAAUCUUUCAUGUUGUUCCACCUCCAACCUCAGUUCCUGAUGCUUGAUCAACAAAAAUUCUGUCCUGCCUCUAUUCCGGAGCUGUUAGAUUGGCUCUGCUUCUCACCUUCCCUACUCAUCCAAGACCUGUAA